UGUCACAAACGAGACAUGAGUUUUAAAAACAAAGUCGUCUUAGUUACUGGAGCAAGCUCCGGAAUCGGCGCAGCUACAGCCGUAGAAUUCACUAAAGAAGGUGCUAAAGUAGCCAUCGUUGGCAGAAAUGAAGAAAGACUGCAAACAGUUUCUGACCAUUGUGAAAAACUGGGAUCCAAGCCCCUGCUCAUUAUUGCAGACAUUGCUAACGAUGACGAAGCAAAACGCAUGAUACAAAAAGUCAUUGACGGCUAUGGCCAGCUUGAUGUUUUAGUGAACAACGCCGGACUAGCCAAAUAUGGAUCCAUUUUAGACGCAAAAAUAGUUGAAGCCUACGAUAGCAUAAUGAACGUGAAUCUUCGAGCGCAGAUCAACAUAACAGUACUUGCCACACCACAUCUCAUUAAAACUAAAGGUAAUAUCGUGAAUAUAUCAAGUGUUGGUGGAACUUUGGUGCCGAGACAAGCUUCCAAAACUCCGUACUAUAUUUCCAAAGCGGCUCUGAAUCAUUUCACACGCUGUGCGGCUUUGGAACUAGCAAGCAAAGGCGUAAGAGUGAACGCGGUGAGCCCCGGACCAGUAAAAACAGAAUUUUUUGUUAACAGCGGUGUGAGUGUAAGUACAUUCAAAGUUGAGGACAUGGCAAAGAAUAUGCCGCUACAGAGAAUAUCAGAUCCGAUAGAAGUUGCACACCUUAUCCUAUUUCUGGCCAGUGAUAAGGCGGUUGGGAUUACAGGCUCCGAAUUUCUUGCUGACAAUGGUUACCUAUUAGCUUAUUUAGAAAAUAAAUAAAUGUGCAGUUAGAUAGUUAAAAGUGUUUGUGUGUUGAUAUUGAAAUUAUAUAAAAAAAUCUCUAUGCUAAAAAGAUAUUUUACUUUACACAUUUCUGUUGUAAGUUUGAUAAUUAAAGCAGUGUGUGUAAAUAACAACUGGACCCGUGGUCCUCGAUCAUUUACGUAACAAAAAAUAUUGUUGAGUAGAUACUGGCUAUACGUUAUUACUAUGUAUUAGGCUUUAUGCGGGAUUUCCGCGAUUUCCUUUUACUUCUCGAGCGAAGCCGCGGGUGGAAAGGUAGUAAAUAAUACAUCAUAAUAUUACGGUACAUAAGUGAGAGUUUGUGAAUUUUCGAAUUGUAGAAUUAUUUUACCAAUAAAAAGCCAGAGUGACAA